AUGGACUCCAAGAACUCUUCUGAGUUUAUUGAGAAGCUAGACACUCAAUCCCAAGGCCGUAGUGCAGAUUGGAAUGAGGCCACACGUCGAGCUGAGAGGAAGUUACGCACCAAGAUCGACCUUUAUAUCGUGCCAACAGUCGCCUUGCUCUAUCUUAUGUGCUUUAUUGAUCGGGCGAAUAUUGGUAACGCGCGUCUUGCAGGCUUUGAACAAGACCUAGACCUUCAUGGGUAUGACUACAACACAGUGUUAUCAAUCUUCUACAUCUCUUAUAUUCUCUUCGAGAUCCCAGCAACGGUUUGCUGCAAGCUGCUAGGCCCCGGUUGGUUUCUACCAUUAACAACCCUCGGCUUCGGCGUCGUCUCUGUCGCGACUGCUUUUGUGCGUACGCGCGCUCAGGCAUGUGCAGUCCGAUUUCUCCUGGGCAUAUUCGAAGCAGGCAUAAUGCCAGGCAUUGCGUACUACCUCUCGCGCUGGAUUUUUGCCGUCGAAGGCAUCAUAACUAUUAUUCUCUCACUCAUCGCCCUUUUUACCUUGACCGACCGGCCUGACUCCGCCCGCUGGCUUUCUGAAGACGAGAAGGAACUUGCUACUAAUCGCGUCAAGUCUGAGCGCAUAGCCCAGGUCGUUCUGCUUGAUAAGAUCGAUAGAAUGAAGCUGAAGCGCGGCUUUACAAACCCCAUCACAAUUGCUACAGCAUGCAUAUUCAUGCUCAACAACAUCACAGUACUCUCAAUCUCUUUCUUCCUCCCGACCAUCGUCAAGAGUAUCUACCCAGGCCGCACAGCCGUGCAACAACAACUCCUCACUGUGCCCCCAUAUAUUGUUGGUGGCUUCUUCGCUCUCUUGAUACCGGCACUAAGUUGGCGCUUCGAUCACCGGCAAUGGUUCCUCGCAAUUGCCGGUCCCGCGGCUAUGGCAGGAUUCACGAUCCUCCUGGCUACACUUGAUGCGAACGUGCGGUACGGAGCCAUCUUUCUAACGGCGAGUACGGCAUUUACGCUUGGUGCGAUGUGUAAUGCACAGGUCAGUGCAAACGUGUUGAGUGACUCGGCGAGGAGCAUUGCAAUCGGGACGAACGUCAUGUUCGGCAACAUUGGUGGCCUCGUUGCAACCUGGACAUACCUCCCUGGGGAUGCACCAAUGUACCGCAUUGGUAAUGGUGUGAACCUCGCGUGCGCCAUUCUUUGGACGAGCAUUGCUAUAAUGACUUUCUUCUGGAUGAGGUACGACAAUAAGAAGCGUGAGAAAUGUGAGGCUGGCACGCACGAGCAGCUUGCGGGGUUGGGUCAGAAGGAAGUUCAUGAUUUGGAGUGGAAGCACCCUGAUUGGCGGUGGAGACCGUGA